AUGGCUAGCGCUCAAGCUGCUGUUUCUCCAGUUGCUCAACCAUCAAGGCCAAAAUCAGUUUCAAGGCCAAAGAGAUGGAGUGAAGAAGUUGAAGAAGGUAACAUACAUGUCUAUAUAUUUAAAUUCGAAUGUUGCCGAUUUGACACCAGUUGUAAUAAAUACUUAUCCCUGUUUUUCUGUUCACCAGCUUACCGAUUUCAGAUCGCUGGUUAUAGAGAUGUUCAUGAAUAUCGCGAUGUCAAGCAAAAAGAACCCGUAAGUGAUUAUAAAUAUAUCUUUCCUUAUCAUUAGAGAGGCGAAAACUGCUUGUUUCCCAGUUUUAUAGGGAACUUUCUGUCUGACCAGCCCUUGGGUUCCUCCCUAACUGCUUAAAAUACUUUCUAGAAGGUAUUUUUGGGGCACGGGUAGAAAAUUAGGCAUGAAAAAAUAUUAAGUUAACAAAAAUUUUCUUCCCUAUUAAUAAUUCAAACACGGUGUCAAGUGACAGAUGACACUUGUACUCAGAAAUAAAUUAAGAAAACUAGCAAAGACAUUGGUCAAAAAGGAGGAGUUCUUAUCCCAAAACAGGGAACUUGCACCAUUACCAAACUACUAACUUCGAAAGACAGUUUGGAUUUCAGUGUAGGUUUAAAGUUUCUGAAAAGGACAAAGUAGAAAUCAUAAUGAGAAUGAUUUUGAUAAUGAUGAUGAUGAUAGUAAUAAUAACACACCAAAAACCUAUGUUGAAGUUAGUAAUAAUAUGUAAGGGGCAACAGUGCACAUGACUAUAAAAUCAUAGGCUCCUUGAACACCACAGAGGCUCAAGAUCAGUCCAUGUACAUUUUCAGAUUUUGCCAAAAUAUUUUGUGAUUGGAGUUAAGUCUCACGGAUUUUUUUAUUUAACGAAAGUUUUCUUCCUUUGGCCUUCUAUCACAUGCAUUUUAUUUCAUCCAAAAUAUUUUCUAGGUACAUUUCUUAUAUUUUGUUGUAACUUGAAAAGUAGUAUUCAGCAUUUUCAUUAAUUAAAAUAAUUUAAUACAGCAACUGAUCAUGCUUCAGGACUGUUGUGUAUUAUUUCCCUAUGAGAAAGUACUAAAUAUUUAUGUCUUUUCUUAGGACCGCUGGCCCCACAAUGGAUAUGUGAAGAAACUUCAGAGGAAAGAUGGGUGUUUCAUUUACUUUGAUAGACAAAGAGAAUGUCUUGACAAAGAUGUCUAUAAAUGCAAGUUAUAUGGAUACUAA